AUGAUAGCAAGAACGAGACUUACGGAACACAAGAGAAACUACAGAUUAGGGCAAACAGAGAAGUCAGCCGUAGCAGAACAUGCUCUAAGAGAUGGUGACCACAAAAUCCAAUUCGAAGACACCCAAGUCAUUGCCACAACAUCUGGAUAUCAUCCUCGUCUGGUCAGAGAAGCUGUUGAAAUUCACAAACAUCCAAAUAAUUUCAACAGGAAGGAAGAAACGUUCUACCUUAACAGAAUUUGGCAUCCAGCUAUAUCUAGGACCAAAGUAGCAGCACAGAGAAGUAGACCAGUUCCGGAAGAACUACCACCCGAACAAGCCAGCCCCCUCCGCCGACGCAUAAAUACGCGCUACGCCGACGCGGAGGCAUCAGUCUAG